AUGUCGGAAUUUACUCAGGUCCUCCACUCUAGAGCAACGAGCGUUCCCAAAUCAAAGGCUCGUAAGCGUAUUUGGGAUAGACAAUACUUUUACAACCGUCGAUCCGAUACUCGCCAAACUCUUUGUCAAUCAUUCGAAAGCGCUGUUGAGAACUCCGAGCGAGGAGUGGAAAACCUCGCGCAGUUCGCCUCGGACCAAGCCAAACAGUUUGCGAUUGCCAAACACAAAACCUCGGAGUCUUUCCGCCUAUUACCAAUGAUUCAGAAGCUCGUAUUUCAUGUCAUAGUGCGAAAGUUCUUUCCACAGACCCCAAAACCAUCUGAUAGCGAUGUGGAAUUCGUCACGUCUCGAAUCAAUUCGCUCUUGAUCGCAUCGAAGAGAAUUACGCGACGAGAUGAGGCACACUUCGAUAGCCAGAAGAAAGAACUAUAUCAAAGACUUCAAACAAUGUUUUCGAUUAGCGAAUCACAAUUCGGACACGAGAACCCGCUCAAUAUACUGCUUCCAGCAUACGAGACAAUGUGGCGUGUAGUGCUGCGAAUAUUUCUCGAGGUACAAUUUCUUUCCGAAUCACAACGGCCCUUGGAAUUUGCAGAGCAACUCGAAAGCUUCUCAGCCGACCCCACAAUAGAGAAGUUUGAAGAGACGACACAGACGUCAGAUGGCAUGCUCGUCUCUACUAAAUAUAUCGUGGCAGAGGGGCUUCGCCUUUACCCACCGACUAGACGAAUCUACAGGGAAAUAAAUGGCGAGGAGGUUGCGGUUGAUGUUGAGUAUUUUCAUCGCGAUACGAACGUAUGGGGUGAAGAUGCUUUGAGAUAUAUGCCCGCUCGCUGGGCUUCGCUUACCACAAAUGAGGUGGAUAUGAGAGGGUACAUGCCGUUUGGUACAGGUCGCUUUGAGUGCCCAGCGAAGCCUUUGUUUGGGCCGUUCAUGAUUGGGAUUAUGGUUGGAGUCAUUGUGAAAAGCUUUGGGAACCGGUUUGAUCUAAUACGUGGAGAUAAUUCUUUACGGAAGCCUCUUGAGAACGGGAAGGAUGCCUACAAGGAUCUUAAACUGCGAAGGAAGGGUUAA